AGCCGCAUGUGUCAAUCAUCAAUCAAAGCAAAAUAAAAAGUGAGUGAUUGAUUUUUCAGGUUGUUUUUUUAUUCUCCAUUGUCAGACGUGAAUUAAUUCAAGUUAAGAGAGCAAAUAGUCAGUGUUUACCAGCCCGUCUAAUAGAAAACUUCAUCUAGUCACUAAUUUCUGUAAAAAGAAUACAAUGACCGCUUGUAGUGAAAUCUUUGGAAAACUAGAAGAGUUCAAAACAUCUGUUUCUGAAUCACUACAUGAAAUUUCUGAACUCAAUGCGACCUGCAAAGUUAUGCUUGAAAAAUACCUGAGGGACACGGCUUCUUUGGAUCACCUUGCAGCUGUUAGAACACAGGCUGUAAUAGACUACAUGUAUGAGCAAGUGAACAUUGGAAACUGGAAGGAGGUAAAGCCUUAUCUCAGGAAAACGAUAACCAUCGCGUCGUAUAUAAACCUGCUGGCUAUCACGAAAUCUUCUGAAAACGCGACCGAAAGCUUAGUCAAGGAUCUGUUCAAGAUCAUUGACUUUGGCAUACUGUUUGGAUGCCCUGUAGAUGGAAACCCUGAUUUAUUGCAAACAUGCGCAACACUACUGAGUUCAUUUAAUUUGAUCACACAUGAUCUGAGUGAAACUUCUAGUCUGAAUCAAGGGACUGUAGAGGUUGAUAUCACAAAGUAUAAUGCACAACCAAUAGAGGUGAUAGAUUGUCCUAGCAUGGAGAACUUUUACAGAAACUACAUACUAGCAGAAAAGCCAGUUAUAUUGAGGAACUGUAUCAACCACUGGCCAGCGUUGAGUAAAUGGCGAGAUCAAAAUUACUUCAUAAAACUGGCUGGGGCCAGGACUGUUUCAAUCGAAAUUGGGCGUGAUUAUACAGAGAAAGAUUGGACCCAAAAGCUGAUGACAAUUGAGGAAUUCAUUAAGGACUUUGUCUACCAAACAAAUGGCCCCACAGGCUAUCUGGCCCAAUAUCAGUUAUUUGAGCAAAUUCCAGAACUAAAGAAAGACAUUGCAGAGCCUGAAUACUGUAGCUUCGCUGACACUAAUGAGGCAGUAGAUAUGAUGGCGUGGUACGGACCCAAGGGCACAAUUUCUCCACUGCACUACGACCACAAACGUAACUUGUUCACUCAAGUUGUUGGUGAAAAACAAGUAUUCUUAUUUUCUCCUCAAGACACAGAGAACUUGUAUCCUCAUGAACAUGAGUUGCUACACAACACAGCACGAAUAGACCCUCGAUUCCCUGAUUAUGAAAAGUAUCCUAAAUACAAAGACGCUAAGGUAUACUGUUGCGUGCUGCGUGCAGGACAGAUGCUGUACAUUCCUCCAAAAUGGUGGCAUUAUGUGGAGUCACUAUCAAUAAGUUUCUCCGUAAGUUUCUGGUGGAAGUGAAACUGCAAGAAGUUUCCGUCAACUUGGUGACUUAGGAUAAGCAGAAGAAAAGAGGUGAAAAGUAGUGGUUUUACCUCGCAUCCUAGUUCCAGAUAUGAAAUCAAAGUCCUCCUUCCUCGUCGGGUCGAAGAAAGCCAUCUUGCCGAUUGAGGUGUCGUACGCCGCGACACGGAAUGGAAUUAUCUGCGAAAAGAAAUUCAAUAUUCAAGCACCAUUCAACUAUAUGGCUCAAAAACUUAGGCCCAUAUUAUGAAACGAUUUCAAAGUUCGAUUCAGUCAAGCAUAGAGUCAGACUCAAGUCUGCAAUUGGCGUCUUUGAGUGUCAUUUCAUUUCAAUAAUUCAUAACACUUGAGCAAGCUCAGGCGAUUGAGCGGCCCGGCAAAAUGAACCGCCCAUAAAAACAUAAAAGCAGCUGAUGUUAAAUUGUGAAUUGUCACUGUGAUGACUUGACAUGGUGCAUGUCACUGUGACAUUGUGGAAGGUCGAAAAUGUUGUAGUUCAUCUAUAUUGUGUUCUUUUGACACUGUAAAAUUGUAGGUGAAAAAUGUUAUUUUAAAUACACGUCGAUUUAAAAAUAUUUUAUGUUUUUCUACGAAAAAAAGAACUAUACCUAAUAAAUGUUCCUAUGUAGACAACUUGUGUUGAAGAUAUUUGCAAAAAUCGAUGUUACUUUGAUGUCUGAAGUAACUAAAAACAAGGAAAUUACGAAAAAAAAGAAAACAAUAUAUUCUGGCUCAAUCACUAAUCUAGUAUUAUUUCUGGGAUUUCGUUUAAGAAGCUAUUGUAAAAUAGAAAUAAUAGGCAUUCAGCCAUUAACAUAAUCAUUGUAACAUCUUACACAACAAUAUUUUCAGGCGCACUUGCCUGUUGUUAAUUUUGACAUUGUU